AUGCCGGUCCGCGCGGGCGGAGUGCCCAGGGCGGGCGUGGGCGAGGCACCGACGGAGCGCUGGCCGGGCGCCGACGGAGCGCCGAGGGCGCGGGCGGGCGCUGGGCCGGGCGCCGACGGAGGGUCGACGGGAGCGGCCGGGCGCUGGGCAGCAGCACAGCGCAGGCGGGCUGCGGGAUCAGCACCGCCACCUCUCCCUUGGAUCCAGAUCAGCACCACCACCUCUCCCUUGGAUCCGGAUCAGCACCGCCAGGUCCGCCACCUCUCCCUUGCAUCUAGAUCAGCCCGUCUCCCUUGCAUCCAGAUCAACACCGCCAGGUACAUGGCUUCUUCAAAUGAGAAGACUAUUUCAUCAUCAAGUGGAAAAAGUGAUCCAUGUUGGAAAUAUGUUCAAUGCAUUAAUCCAAACAACAAGAAUGAUUUGAAAUACAACUUUUGCGAUAAAGUUACAAAAGGUGGAAUAUUUAGAGCUAAACAACAUAUUGUGGGAGGUUUUAGAAAUACAACCAUUUGUCAAAGAUGCCCACCACCUGUCCGAGAAGAGAUUCAGUCUUUUAUGAUAAAUAAGGUCAAUGCAAGCAAGAUGUUUGAAGGUAAUUUUCCGGAUAAUAUUAUUGAAGAAGAUGCUUUUGGCGGUGAUGAAGAAGAUGAAGAUGAAAAAACCAUUAUGAUGAGAUCGCACCAAGGAAGUACUAAAAUUUUGAAUGCAAAGAAACGACAACGGCAAAAGGGGCCAAUAGAUUUAUACUUCACACAAAAUGCUGAAAAUUCAAGAAAAAAGGAAAAAAAUCUGAAGCAAACAACAAUCAAUGAUACUUGCAAGAAGGAGUUGCGGGAACGAGCAUGUAGAGAAAUAGCUCGAUGGUUGUAUGAUGUAGCGAUUCCAUUUAAUGCCGUUAAAUAUCCUCAAUUUCAAGUAAUGAUCGAUGCAAUUGGUCAAUAUGGUAUUGGCAUGAAAGCACCUAGCUACCAUGAGGUCCGUGUCUCCUUGUUUAAUAAAGAAAUGGAGGAUGGCAAAAAGAUACUACAGUCCUUUGAAGAAGAAUGGGCACAUUAUGGUUGCUCUAUAAUGGCUGAUGGUUGGACAGACAAGAGGAAUAGGAUAUUGAUAAAUUUUUUGGUGAAUUCUCCAAAAGGAACUGUGUUCUUAGAAUCUAUUGGUGCUUCGGGUUAUGCAAAAACUGGAGAAAAAAUGUUUGAGUUGCUUGAUCUCAUGGUUCAACGUGUUGGAGAGAAAAAUGUCAUACAAGUAGUUACUGAUAGCGCAUCCGUUAAUGUCUUUGCAGGUAAGUGCUUGGAAGAAAAAUAUAAGAAUUUGUUUUGGACUCCUUGUGCAGCACAUUGUUUGGAUUUGAUUUUGGAAGAUAUUGGUAAGAUUUCAAAUGUGAAAAGAACUGUACAAAGAGCAAUCAGCUUAAACUCCUUCAUUUAUGUUCGACAGGGCAUGGUUAAUAUGUUGAGGAGUUUUACCUUUCAAAGAGAACUUGUUAGGCCGGGUGUUACAAGUGUGCUUCGAUUGGUUGAUGGUGAGAAAAAACCGGCUAUUGGAUACAUUUAUGAAGCCAUGGAUAGGGCCAAGGAAGCUAUAGCAAAGUUGUUUGGAGAAAAUGAAGAACAAUACAAAGAUGUGUUUGAUAUCAUUGACAAACGAUGGGAAUGUCAACUUCACCGACCUUUGCAUGCGGCUGGGCACUAUCUUAAUCCGGAAUUUUUUUAUGCCAACCCAAUGGAGAUUAUCAGAACUAGUGAGAUAAUGGAUGGAGUGCUUGAAACUCUAGAGAGAUUGGUUCCUGAUGCUUCAUGUCAAGACAAAAUCAACAAUCAAAUGAGUAUAUAUCAAAAUGCGGGUGGCAUAUUUGGAAGAAACUUGGCAAUUAGGAAUCGAAGUUUGAAAUCACCAGCCGAAUGGUGGAAAUCUUAUGGAGCCUCAACUCCAGAGUUGCUAGAUUUUGCAAUCAAAGUACUCAGUCUAACUUGUAGCGCAUCCGGUUGCGAGCGUAAUUGGAGUAUUUUUGAACAUGUUCAUACUAAAAAAAGGAAUAGACUUGAUCAACAAAAGUUGAAUGAUUUGGUCUUUGUGAAAUAUAACCGAGCACUAAAGCGUCGAUAUGAUGACCGUGAUCACAUUGACCCCAUUUCUUUACAAGAUAUUGAUGAUGCAAAUGAGUGGUUGAUGGGUACGCUAGAUCAAAAGCAAGGAGACGAUGAACUAGUGUUUGGUGAUGAUGACCUUACUUGGGAUGCAGUUGAAAAAGCGGCAGGGGUUGAUGAAAGCGCAUAUACUACUCGAGGUCGAGGAGGAGGAAAGGGAAUAAAUACUAGUGCUUCAAGUUCAAGGCCAUCAAAGGGGAAAGAGAAGGCAAUGAAGCCAUCAUUUGCUAGUUUGAGAACCCUUUUAAUUUCUAGAGAUGGCAAUGAUGAGGAAGAAAAUCUUGGAGAUGAUUAUUUUGAUGAAGAGAAUGAUGAAUUUGAAGAGAAAUUUGAUGGAGUUGGUGAUGAUGAUAAUUAUGAAGCACUUGAUGGUUUUGAAUAUGUUGAUGAUGAAAGUGAUUAG